UAUAUUUCUGACGAAAACCCCCCAAAUCACAAUCUUUCUCUACUUCUCAAAUCACUCUUCUUCAAUGGCGGUUUCUUCAUCUCCUAAUUGUUUCAACUUCGCUCGAUUGCCCUCAGCUCGAUCGAUAUCUUCUUCGUCGCGUCUCUUCCCUGUCACUAGCACCUCCCCUCGCUCCCUACUUCUCUCGGAUAGACGAUCCCUCGUAUCUUCCUCUGGCUCUCGCUUCCGACUCUCUGCACUCUGCGUGCGUGAUUCCAAAGCAGCUGAAGUUACACAAAGGUCGUGGGAAAACUCGGUCCUGAAAAGUGAAACGCCCGUGCUAGUAGAAUUCUACACGAGUUGGUGCGGUCCAUGCAGGAUGGUCCAUAGGAUAAUAAACGAAAUUGCAAUGGACUACGCUGGAAAGGUAAACUGCUAUGUCCUAAACGCAGACAAUGACUCGUUAGUGGCUGAAGAGUAUGAGAUAAAGGCUGUACCUGUAGUGCUUCUCUUCAAGAACGGGGAGAAACGAGAGUCAAUCAUGGGUACAAUGCCCAAAGAAUUCUACAUUUCCGCCAUUGAAAGAGUCUUGAACUCGUGAAGAGGGUAACAACAUCAUUGCUGAGAAUUUCUCACUAGCACUUUGAGACCCAAGAACGUGUCUUUUGUCUUCAUUCCGAACCUCUUUCUUUCUUCUUUGAUUCUCUGUGAAUAUAACUGUUUUAUUUGCGGAAGGGUGGCCCCAGGGAUUAAUGUGAAACAUAUAUUUUCCAAC